GAGAAGGAGGGCUGUUGUAUGGGAGCAGGAGAGAGGGAGCGCGCAUACGUGUGUCGUCUCUUCGGUCGCGGGAGAAUCGCGGCUGCUCGCGAGAGAAGCAGGUUGUAACUGGAUGGCGGGGAAGAGAGAUGAAUGCAAGGCGGAUAGACGGCGAGGGACAAAGUACGAAACGAACAGCUGGAAUGACGGAGAGGAACGAGCGCGCGAACGAGCGAGAGGGAAGCAGCUGGACUGUGUGUUACCUCCAACGUGGUGCGGUGCGGCGCGGAGACGGAUGCUGCGGCAAGGCGGAUCGAGAGGGAGAAGGAGAACGAGAUGGGGGAAGAUCAGAAGAGAUAGAUAGAUAGAAGGAGCGAGAGCGUGACAGUGGGAAGGACGGAGGCGCGAGUGAGAUCGGCCGGUGAGGAGCGAGAAAGAUGGUGGAGCAUAUACUCGCGAGGAGGCUGCGGUAGUCUUUCUCGGCUGGCUAGGUGAGAUAAGGACAAGGCGGACAAACGGAUUGAAGAAGGUGCCUAAGGUAGGGAUACUCAGUCUCGCGGCCACGUGCUACACGAGCGCACGCCCCGAGCCGGCCGGCGGUCCAGCCAGCCAGCCAGCCAGCUACGACAUCGUCCUCUUCUUCUUCGUGUUCUCGCAAUUCGAUCUAUCAAUCCGCGCUUCCUCCCGUCCAUUUGUCCGUUUAUUUGGCCUCCGUCCGUCUCUUUUUGUUUUGCCGAACGGGAAAAUCGUCAAAAAGUCGCGCGACGUAGUUCCGAGCGAUUGGUGUGAUUCUUCAGUAUCAUCAGCAUGCUCCGAAAGGAGCAACACGCGCGCAGUGUUUUCUCCUGAGAUAUUGAAGGGACACUCAUUGUCAGCUGUGAUCCGCGCAGAGGGCGAUAUCCCGUUGUGAUUCUUUCCGAUUCGAUGGAUCGCGUUUUUCCCCUGCCGGAAGAUAUUUUCGACACGAAUGUGAAUCAUAUAAAUAUCGGUUUGGUGUAAUCCCGACGUUAUCACAACGAGGACGAUCGCGUACUGUUUGACAACAUACAGUGCGUGGAUGAAGAACGUGCGUCGAUGUGUGCUUUCUGUGUUGAGUAAAAGCGGGUGGCGAUGACGCGUGCUGUCACAGCGGACUGAUAUGUGUUCAUAGAAGCGACGCGACGGUGCGAAAAAUUGGGGGUUUGAUACGAAAGUGUAUCGAGAGGAAGAGGAAUAAACGGGAACAUUUAGUGAAGGACAUUACAUAGGCCGGAUGUCACACGUCGCGUGAACGUUUCAGCACGGCGAAACGCGAGAAGCGCGCAAAAUGGUGGCUCGUUACGUCAAACGGAAAGAGGGCAGGUCGGGUCACAGGCCAGAACGGCUGAUACCGAGGGAUUAAAACGUGUCGAAUGGAUGUGGGCGAUCUGUCAGGUCCGGCAGGAUUGGUAGGGAGCGGAUCCAUCUCGGUUGCGACGGGUGUUGGUAUUAUUGCCAACGCGACAUCCGCCACUCCAGGGUGGUGGACGCCUACGUCGACGAUCACAUCGGCAGCGGCCAACACCGACGUGAUGAAUCAGCUCUGCAGGGUUUGCGGAGAGCCAGCCGCGGGUUUUCACUUUGGGGCCUUCACGUGCGAAGGCUGCAAGUCCUUCUUCGGGCGCACCUACAACAAUCUGGGUAGCAUUUCCGAAUGCAAGAACGGCGGCGUCUGCGUGAUCAACAAGAAGAAUCGUACCGCCUGCAAGGCAUGUCGUUUGCGGAAGUGCCUAAUGGUGGGCAUGUCCAAGUCCGGCUCGCGCUAUGGUCGGCGCUCCAAUUGGUUCAAGAUACAUUGCCUGCUGCAAGAACAGUCUCAGCAAGCGCAAAAUCGCUUGAUCAAAGAUCCCAAGUCCGCGUAUGAGAAAGCGUUCGGCUCGUUAGACGCCGCGAAUAACAAUAAUAAUAAUAAUACCGAGAACGCCAGUAAUACUAGCGCCAGUAGCAUCGUCGGCAUUGUCACUACGGCGACCACUACGGCGAACAGUUACCAUCAUCACCUGCACCACCAUCACCAUCCUGAUCGAUUGCCCAAGAGAGAGGAUGGUGCGCUCAGGCCACCGGAUCUUCCGGUGCAACUAAGGUCACCCGACAUCCCGCCAAGAACCAGCCAGGAAGCGAUCCUGAGGCCUACCGAUCUCCCGAGGGCACCGCACGAGAUGCUCAGGCCUGAAGUUUCGAGGUUCCCUAUGUGGCGGGGUCCACCGUUGUUUCAUCCAGCGCUCACGCACAUGCAGUUGCUGAACACGCCAUUCUUUCCGUUUCAGCAACGUUUUAUUGUACCUUAUGUGAAUCAAGUAGGUCCACCGCAGAUGGCGACCAGUUUAUCGAGCUCGUCCAGCGAGAGCAUCAGUCCGCGAUCGACUCCAUCGCCAACGAAGAGAAGUGAAGAGAAUCGAGAAUGCCGCGAGAUCGAUCGCGAGACCGCCGAACGAGAUCGAUGUCCUAGAGCAGGUUCGAUAGAGGUCGCAUAUGAUAAGAAUCUGACAUUCUUACGAUCUCUCGGGCCAGAGCAAGAUGAGCCAAUGGAUCUCAGUAUGAAGGACACACGGACAGAUGGACAGGAGGUGGAUGCUGGCAGUAUGGAGGAGGAAGAGGAGAAGUCGAGCAACAGCGAGGAAAAUGAGCUUCUGCAGGACACCGGACCGCCCUUGGAUCUCACCCGAAAGACAUGACCUCGGAUACCAAACGGUGCUCACUAAGUGCUCAACAAGAACUGAUUACUGAAUCCGAUCGAGAAAGGAUCGUCAUCGGUGUCACCCCCAAAUUCAAUUAUCCCAGUGGAUAAUAGGGGCAAGGUCGCCGAGUAAUUUGUUGAAAUAGAAGCUAACGAUCGAAGGCUCUCCCAUAGCAGGAGGAAAGAAACGAACGAUCGAAGGGAAAA